AGACACACCCACUCCCACCCCCCCCGGUCCCCGCCCUGGCGUCCCUGUGGCGCCACGCGGUGCCGCUGCUGCUGUCCCGGAGUGUCGGUGUCGGUGUCCGCCCGCGGAGAGACAUGGCCGGCCUGAGCGCGGUGGCCGAUGUACAGAUCGACCCCGACGGGGUUUUCAAAUACAUCCUGGUGAGGGUGAGCCGGAGGGGCGGCUCGGAGCACAAGGACAUCGUCAGGGGCACCAAGACCGCCGAGUUUCACAAUAAUAUUUUUGAAAAAUUGGCUCCUGAAAUGGAGAAGCUGGAGCUGGAGUGCAAGUGCCUAGGUGGUGGAAAAAUUGAUCACAACAGCAAGGAGAAAAAAAUUCGUGUGUUUGGUGUUUCCACGGUGAGUUACCUACUGCAGUUCCUAAGGCACAGUGAAAGGGUUUUGGGAAAGCAGAUCACGCCGUCUCUGUGGAAAAACUGAAAUCAGUGUACAAGGAUUAUGAAAUAACAUGGUCAGACGAUACCAAGUAAAAUCACCACGUGGAAUCCUAUUCAUCAGCAGAUUUAUUAUUUAACUGCAUUGUUUUAGUGAUGUGAUUUCAAUGUUUCCACAUGCAAGUCAUUUCUUUAUGGUAUUCAGUUGAGCUAUGGUAGUGUUACAGAACUUUGUAUACUGUGAUAUUAAACUAUAUCCAUAUAGAAUGUACUUUUGAAAUACUUUGUCCAAUAAAUUAUAUGUUCUGAGUUUCUCUCAAA